AUGCACACCAAAACGCACGCGCUACUGCGUCGGCGUCGCGGUGUGGUUGCCUCCGCGCCGUCCGCCUCAGCAGGCUCAACAGACUGCCUGCGUUCACGAGCAACACCACGAGCUCUUCAGCAACAAGCGCAAGUGCAAGCACAAGCACGACGCUGCAGUCGCGGAGGCCUUGUGCCACCAGCAGCGGCCACGCAGCGGGCGGUCCCGCCACUGCGACGGGGCGGCUUCCUUUGCUUCGCGUUGCUGCUGCUGCACGCGUGCUUGCAGGCUUUGUCCAACACCGGAGUGCUGGCGCAGGCGACGCUGCAAGACUGCACAUGCGCCACGCAGUGGACAACCGCAGGCUCGGGAUGCUCUGAAACCAUCCGGAUUGCAGGCUGCGGGCUUGUCGAGCCGUGCGGCGGACCAACACCCUCCUUUCCCACCGGCUAUCCCUACCCUCCGAACACCCACUUCUCCUCCUGGUGCAAGCUCGCGGCUUCCUGCGGCGCGUUUGGCUCAUUUGACUACUGCGACCCGAGCGAAGGCGUCGAUCUCUCAGGUCGCGGCAUCGCAAGCGUCUCCAACUUUCGUUUCGGCCCAAACGUCACCGACAUUGACCUCUCCAACAACCCCAUCGACGACGCUUCGCUUUGCGACGCCCACUGGCCACCCUUUCUCGCCACCAUUGACCUCAGCAACACAAACCUGAAGAAUCUCUCCUGCCUCGCUGCGCUCCCUGCCGGCGUGUCCAUCGACAUCUCCGGCAACCCCUUGGGCAACGAGCGGCUUUGCUCUGCGCGCUGGCCAGACACCUUGACCACCCUCACCAUCCAAGACGCAAACAUCACCGACGCCGACAUCGCCGCCUGCUUUGUGCACACCGCCAAGUCGGCACUCCCCAAUGCCACCGACAAGUUGGACCUGUCAUACAACGGCAUCACGCAGUUUGCGGACGGCGCUUUCCCGCAGGAGCUGCGUGAUCUCUCUCUCGCACACAACGCUCUCACAACCCUCAGCGGCCACAACUGGAAGCAAACAAGCAUCACACACCUUCGGCUCAACGGCAACAAAAUCUCAUCCGUGGUCAACAACUCCUUCCCGGCGGGGCUUCGCAACCUGUACCUGAACGACAACGCCAUCACCGCGCUGAGCUCUUCGCCCAACCUCUGGCCGCCCGGCCUCGCAGACCUCUUCCUCAGCGACAACAGCAUCACGUCAAUUGCCGGGCAGACAUGGCCCGUCAACAUCACCAGGCUGACCCUGUCCAACAACCUUCUCAUGUCCAUCGACAAUCAGACGUGGCCAACAAGGCUUCAGGCCCUCACCCUUUACAGCAACGCCAUCACGUCCGUGCAGGCUCAAACAUGGCCGCCAACAAUCACCUUGCUGCGCUUGGACGACAACAGGCUCACUUCCAUCGCUGGUCAGACAUGGCCGUCCGCCUUGCAGGAGCUACAGCUCUUCAGCAACAAUAUCGAAGCGCUUGAAGGACAGGUCUGGCCGGCGAACUUGGCAUACUUGAAUGUUGAAAACAACCGCAUCGACCGCUUGCAGGGCCACGUCUUUCCUGACACGCUUCUGUACCUCUACGCCCGCCGCAACAACAUCACCAGCGUCGUCAACAACACAUGGCCGGCGCACGUGGAGCAGCUGUGGCUCGGGUACAACAACAUCACCUUUAUCGACACGUUGCCAGCAAGCGCAACCGACAUUCGGCUCAACAACAACCGCAUUUCCUCCGUCCACGGCCUCACCUGGCCAGCAAACCUCGACACCCUGUAUCUGUCCUACAAUCCACUGUCGUCUGUGGACGGCCAAGUGUGGCCAACCACCCUCGCCCGUCUUGAGCUGGAACACACCCAGAUCACCAGCAUCAGCAACCAGGUGUUCCCAGACUCCCUCAUCUACCUCUACGCGCAGCACAGCAACAUCAACAGUAUUUCCAACGUCACGUGGCCGUCUGCCAUGGUGGAUGCCUGGUUCAGCUUCAACAACAUCGCAACCGUCGAUGCCUGGCCCGCCAGCGUGCAGAGGAUCAGGCUGGAUGGCAACCGCAUCACAAGCAUUGAUGAUGUGCUGUCAGCAUGGCCCGCCGACCUCUACUACCUUGACCUUGACUUCAACCAACUGCAGCACAUCCACAGCCAGGCGUUCCCAGACUCGUUGCUGUACCUCUAUGUCAGCAGCAACAACCUCACCAGCGUCACCAACGUGACCUGGCCAGCGGCCAUGCAGGAGAUCGCCUUAAGCAACAACUCCCUCACGUCUACUGCUGUCAACAGUUUCCCUGCCACGGUGUCAUCCCUACGACUCGACCGCAACCGCUUCCAGCAAGUCCCUGCCGCACCGUUACCUGCAGGCUUGACCGGCCUGACGCUUGCGUGGAACAGCAUCACCUCCAUCGCAAACCAGUCGUGGCCACCCACCCUCACCACGCUCGACCUCUCUCGCAACAACAUCGCCAGCAUCGACGGGCAGCAGUGGUCGUCCGCCAUGUCACUGCUGAUCCUCAGCCACAACGCCAUCGCCAGCCUUGCGGGGCAGGCCUGGCCGCCCGCCUUGGAGCAGCUUGACCUCCAGGCCAACAACAUCUCAGAUGUCUCCAACCCGACGUGGCCCGCAACGCUUUUCGGCCUUUUUCUGCAGCACAACCGCAUCACCUCCCUUGACAAUGUCGCCUUGCCUAGCAAUGUUGAAAGCGUGAACCUCUUCAACAACAGCAUCACCAGCAUCCCAGCCAACGUGAGCUGGCCCCCUGCUGCAGAAAACAUCUAUCUGCAAGACAACGCAAUCACCGCCAUUGGCGAGCAGCAUCACUGGCCACCGUCCCUCAUGGAUCUUUUCCUGCACAGAAACAGCAUUCGCCAGGUCGACCACCUUGUGUGGCCUUCCACCCUGAGGCGCUUGAGCUUGGCAAACAACUCCAUCGCCACCGUCACGACGCCCUGGCCAGAAGAGCUGACGCUGCUCUACCUUGCAGGGAACGUGCUCAGCACUUUUGACCAUCAUGUGUGGCCACAGUCACUGCGCUUCCUGACCCUGGACAACAACAACCUCACGUCAGUGCGCAACCAGACAUGGCCGCCGACCCUUGAGUUUCUUUCGCUCACAAACAACACGCUGGGGUUUGACGGCAUCUACAACCAGUCCUGGCCGCAAACCCUCACGCAGCUCUUCCUUGACGGUACAGGCAUCGGCGACAUCUCCACCCAGCGCUGGCCUUACACCCUGACCACGCUCCGGCUUGACCGCAACAACAUUUCCAACCUGUCUGGCCAGCAGUGGCCGCGCUCGCUGUCUGAGCUGACGCUCUCCUUCAACGCCAUUGCAGACAUUUCCACCCAGGUGUGGCCAGACACGCUGACCGCGCUGCUCCUCGACAACAACCGCAUCAGCACUCUUGACGGGGUGUCCUGGCCACGCUCGUUGAAGCUGCUUCACCUGCACAAUAACACCAUCGCGCGGCUGGGCCCCCAGGUGUGGCCUUUGCGUCUGGACCUCUUGCGGCUGGAGAACAACAACCUGACCCAGGUGUCGGUGCAGCAGUGGCCGCAGACGCUUCGGCGCCUGUCACUGGGCUACAACUCCAUCCGCACGCUUCCAAUCAUGUCCUGGCCAGGUUCUCUCGAGUUGCUGGAUCUCGCUGACAAUGCAUUGACCCGCCUGGGUCAACAGCUUUGGCCCAGCAGCCUGCGCAACCUCCUGCUCGCCAACAACAGCCUCCCGACGAUCGACGAUCAAGUGUUCCCACCACAGCUCGAAACACUCUUCCUGCACAAUAACCUUCUCACCAGCCUGCCCUCUGCUCCUGGGUUCUGGCCCGCGGACUUGCGCGUUCUGUCGCUGCCGCAUAACUACAUCACAAGCAUUGACGGACAGCACUGGCCGAUGAGACUGCAGAGUCUUCAUCUGCAGAACAACUCCUUCGCCAGCAUCGACGACCAGCAGUGGCCCCCACACCUGGAGGAUUUGAGCCUGGAGCAGAACGGCAUCACGUCCAUUGCCAACCAGCAGUGGCCAGCCACCCUUCGCACCCUCUGGCUCCACAACAACCCACUCGGCAGCAUCCAAGGACAGCAGUGGCCCGCAGGUCUGAAGCUGUUACACCUCCAGGCAACCGACAUCGACGACAUUGAGUCCCAGCAGUGGCCCGAGUCUCUUGAAGAGUUGCACCUGGGCGGCAAUGCGAUUUGCGAUAUUGCAACGCAGACUUGGCCAUCCACACUUCGCAUCCUGUCAUUGAGCGACAACUGCAUCAGCGACAUUGAGAACCAGGCGUGGCCGCGCAACUUGGAGGAGCUCACGAUCGACGGUAACCGCAUUUCCACCAUCCGCACACAGGUCUGGCCUGCGUCGCUGGAGACGCUGUCCCUUUCCGAGAACUUUAUUCAAGACAUUGAGGGGCAAGUUUGGCCAGAGCGCCUGUUGCGGUUCUACUUUGCACAAAACCUCCUCACCAGCCUCGUUGGUCAGACAUGGCCGGAGGGCUUGCUGCUGCUGGCGCUGUACGACAACGCCAUUACGCAACUGGGCGUUCAACACUGGCCCGAGACGCUGGUUGAUCUGAACCUCAACGCAAACGCGCUGACGACCGUUGAUGAUCAAACGUGGCCCGCCAGCCUUCGCAAGCUUAGCCUGAACGACAACAUGUUGCAGCGCUUCAACGCAGACACUUUGCCGCGUGCGCUAGAGAGGCUGGGGCUCGCAAACAACCGCAUCACCAGCAUCGACAGCACACGAUGGCCAAACCAGCUGCGCAUUCUCUCCUUGGAAUCGAACCUGAUCACGGACAUAUCCCAGCAAGAGUGGCCGUCUGCGCAACCCCUCACCCUUCGACUCAGCGACAACCGUAUCACCAGCAUCAGCAGCGUGACCUGGCCCCCCUUUCUAACUGGGCUCGGCCUUGACGGCAACGAGAUUACGAGCAUCAAGGGCCAAGCGUGGCCUUCGCAGCUGGUUGUGCUUUACUUGCACAACAACCUGAUUGACAGCACCAGCAACCAGGCCUGGCCCGCCACCAUACGGGUCCUUACCCUUGGAGGGAACCGCCUGACCACCGUGGCGAAUCAGCGCUGGCCGAUUGCGCUUGAACAGUUGCGAUUGGACAACAACGCCAUUUCCGUCAUUGGUCGCCAGGCGUGGCCCCCAGGCUUGGUUGACUUGCGGCUCGGUCGCAACGCAAUCACCUUCAAUGACACGGACAGCCGCGCUGCUUUUCGAAACGCCACUUCCCUGCUUGUGCUGGACUUGUCGUCGAACGACAUCCAGAGCCUGGAUGGCGUUGUGCUGCCACCCUCGCUGCAGCAACUUGCGCUCACGAAUAACAGGCUUGGUAACCUCUCUCAGCACGUGCAGUGGCCCACGCAGCUCAGCCUCCUCAUCCUGGACGCCAACCCGUGGGAUGCGCUGAUUCAAGGUCGAGCCAAGGCAAGGCUGCGUACCGGACAGGCUAUCACCGCGCUCACCCACAACCUGCCGUGCAGCCUGGAGGAGCUCAGCAUCAACCACGGUGCGCAGCCGUGGAACUGCACGCGCGAGGCCGUUCCCGCGGAUGAUUGUGAUGACCUACGGCUGGCAGCUGGCGUCUGCACGGCUGAUGGCAUUGACGGUGCAUGCGUGAUCAGAAACACCACCUCUGCCACGACAUCUCCCACGAUGAACGGCACGGGUGGUGCACAACAGCAGGAACAGUACAUCUGGACGUGCCGGCUGACAGAGGACGGCGAAGCCAUUUUGAAAGCCCAGGAUGUGGUGCGGACCGACACCUCCCAGCAAGCUGAAUCUCGAACCAACGCGUUUUACGGCGUGAUCGCUGGCGUGUGUGGCGGAGCUGCCGUGCUGCUCUUCUGGCUGUUCCGAAAGCAAGCAACGAAGCUGUGGAUGCUGCUGGUAAUUAUCUCGCUGUUUGACAUGUGCACGGACUGGGGGUUCUGGGGCAUUGCCCUGACAGCGACCGGCUUCAAAGACAGCUACAACUGCGUGACGUCUGAGCCUGUCUACCGGUGUGAAGGUGCCAGCGCUGGCUUUGCCUGUGACGGGUAUGGCGACCUCAAGAGCCCGUGUCAGGGCAUUGCGUUCGCUCCCUCAGAUGCGCAGAAUGAGUGCGAGUGCCACCGACACACAUGCUACACGGGCCUGGUGGAGUUUGCUGAGGAAGGGGCUUUCUUAAACAUUGAGAAUGUGUGCAACCCAACAACCACGAGAGUGGAAGGGGCAGUCGUUGCUGUCAGUUUAGACGAGUCGUGCACCUCCUUUGGGUCACUGGACGAUUAUGUGAACGCCACGUGCGGGUACCUGAAUGCGGAGCAUCCCAACGCCACGGGAACAAACGAGUGUGAGUGCAAUGGAGGCACGUGCGAAAUUGUUCCCGGUGCAAGCGGCACAUGUCGAGGGUUUUAUGGCGGCAACUACCAGGCCUUGGUCUGGGCGGCGUUUGCGUCCAUUGUCCUUGGCUCUAUCGUAUUUGUUGUUGAGACGUUGAGGAAGAUGGUGGAGUACUGGCGCAGGCGCAACAUCGUUCACUUGGGCAAUGAGUUGGCUGCUGAUGGCCAGGCGGGAAAACCCGGCGUCAUCCUCAAUCCGGCGUUUGUCACUAACGACGGCAAUGAUAAUGGCAAUGAUAAUGGCAACGGCGGGCAGAAACCAACAAGGAACCCUCCCCCGCCAGCAGAUGCGGUGGAGAUGGAACCGUGCGGCUGUAUCGAAGUGGAAGACAGGGUAUCGUUUGCGCUGAAACUGGUGCGAUUGUUCUGUGAAGACAUCCCGCAGCUCUCGGUGCAGGUCAUUUAUUUGACUGUCCUUGGACAAGAAGGCGAGCCAUCAGCCAUUGUGAGCUUGGUUGCGACAUGUGUCUCCAUCAUCAUCACCAUCGUGUUCAUCACGCGCGCUUAG